AUGACAGCUCGCUUCCACCAAAAGUUGAUUCUUAACGAUGGCCGAAUCCUUGGGUACGCAGAAUACGGCAACCCCACCGAUUACCCCCUCCUCUACUUUCAAGGCUAUCCAUCUUCACGCUCAGAGGGCUGGGGGUUUGGUAAAUGGCCCGAAUGCCAUGGAUUCCGUCUCAUUGUCCCAGAUCGGCCGGGGUUCGGACUUUUCAGCUAUCAGCCCAACCGUCAGAUUCUGGACUGGCCAGCUGAUGUGCAAGCUCUCGUGUCACAUUUGGGUCUGUCACAAUUUGCGAUCUUAGGCUAUUCCGGAGGUGGUCCAUAUGCUAUUGCAUGCGCUUACCUGCUACCUGCAUGUAUUCUAUCGGCAGUGGCAGUCGUGGCGGGGGCGCCUCCAUGGGUAGCGGGGAUAGAGGACGUGACUGUUAGCAGAAAACUUCUAUCUCGCGCGGCGAUCUAUUGCCCAGGAACGCUAGAAAUGGUAUCAAAUCCACUUUUCCUCGCCCUUCGAUGGAUUGCGGAGUCGGGCCCAGUGACAAGGUGGCUAAAUAAUUGGAUUGAUGGCAUGAAGCGUGAGAAAGAGAAGAAGGCACAUGAACAGCAAGACGCAAAAGAGGAGAGGUUGUCGACAGAAGAGGCUAGAAAGCGCAUGCUAAGCACGUUUCUCGGAGUCUUCGUACAAGGAUUUGGCGCAGCUAUACAGGAAGCACGUUUGCUGUCUCAAGAUUGGGGGUUCCGGUUUCAGGAUGUGCCUUAUAGCGGUAUGCGGAUUUGGCAUGGCACGAAAGAUGCCAAUGCGCCGGUUGAUAUGGUGCGCUAUAUGGUCAAGCGGCUUCCACAACCUGUCUUCCACGAGCUUGAAAAAAAUCACUAUACAAUAGGCCAUCACCUCGAGGAGGUAAUAGUUGACUUUGUCAGAAACAAAGUAGGAAAGGAUGAUGAUGGGCCUUGUUUGUGA